GUGUGUGUGGAGAAGAAAAGAUUGUAGCAGGAGAAGGUGGUAGUGGUACUGGUACACCUGAGGGUGAAAAGGAAAGAGAGACAGAUUCUCAGGUGCAACCAGAAGCAGGGUUGAGUUUUGGUACCUAUAAAUGAGCUAGAACAAGGUAGCGAGUGUUUUCUUUUAAGAGAGAGAGAGUGUGAGAGAGAGUGUGAGAGAGAGAGCAGAAGGAGAUAAUCACAAAACCAAGGCAACAUUAAUUCCCACUUAUUGUUUCUCGGCAACAUUAAUUCCCACUUAUUGUUUCUCUGCACUUUACCAAAUCCCAAAAGUAGCGUAAGAAAGAUUCUGGUAUCAAUUCUGCCCAUUUAACAUCUCCACACAUUAUUGGUUGCGAACCAUUAGGGAUUUCUGCUUUAUCAACAGUCCAACAGUCAUCUUUAUCUGAAGGUUUAUGCUUGAAGAUGGGGGUUCCACAACAGAAUUUUCAUGGUACCAAGAAAUCAACUUUUCAAUUUCAAGACCAGGAUUCUUCUUCAACUCAGUCUACUGGUCAAUCUUACCCUGAAGUAGCUCGCAUGGGAGAAGGAUUUAAUGGAACUUGUGGAAAGGCUGAGGGAGGUCACACUAAAUUAGCACCAUCAAUGGGAACUCAGGAUUUUAUCUUCCCUUCACAAGUUGACUACAGCCGGUCCAUUGCUGGCGUUCCCGUCCAUUUUGUAGAACCAUAUUUUGGGGGCUUACUAGCUGCAUAUGGACAACAGGCAAUGAUUCAUCAUCCUCAGAUGUAUGGAAUGGCUUCUUCUCGGUUGCCACUACCUCUUGAACUUACAAAAGAUGAACCCAUUUUUGUCAAUGCAAAACAGUACAAUGCAAUUCUCAGGAGGAGACAGUACCGUGCCAAGCUUGAGGCUCAAAACAAACUCGUCAAAAUUCGGAAGCCAUAUCUUCAUGAAUCUCGGCACCUUCAUGCACUGAAGAGAGCUAGGGGCUGUGGUGGACGCUUUCUCAAUGUGAAAAAGCAUGACAAGUCCGAUGAUGCCACAGGCUCUGCUGAAAUUCAUUUGGCUGGAAAUAUGUCAGAAUCUGAAGUUCAUCUUUAUGCAUUGAAGAGAGGUAGGAGUUGUGGUGGACAUUUUCGCAAUGUGAAAAAGCAUGACGACUCUGAUGAUGCCACAGGCUCUGCUGAAAUUCAUUUGGCUGGAAAUAUGUCAGAAUCUGAAGUUCAUCAGCCAGAAAAUCACAGAGAUGGUGCUUCUGCCACUUCUUGCUCAGACAUCACAAGUGCCUCCAACAGUGGCAACAUCUUCCAGCAGCCAGAAUUCAAGUUCUCUGGAUACCCUUCUCACGUUGUUGGGACCAUGCAAGGGCGCUGAGUUGGUAUGCAUGGUGGUGGAAGCCAGCACCGUGCAUCUGCCCUCUUGUGCGAGAAGAGGCAUACAACCAAUCUCGGCAAUCCGUGUUCGCCACCAAUUAGAAGACAGUUGCUAAUAUUUCCUUGGGAAGUCAUCCUUGGCUCAGUUAAUCUGCAUUUUGUUUGUUUCGUUGCAUGCAUGCGUAUUCUCCAAAACUGAUGAUUUGACUCGAUGUGUCUACGUUCAUGUACUUGUGAAUUGAGAAGGUAUGCUGGUUGAUGACAAAUUUAACACAUCUAGCACUUGUACUAAUUUCUGGGUGAAGCUCUGCAUGUUUAUCCA